AUGAAAUUCUUACAGCUAGAUCCCAUGCAAAUGGCAAGUGAGUUAAUGAGCGCAGCAGCCAAAGCCGAGAAUCGGCGGAAAACUAUUUCCGGAAUCAAUCUGCCCUUACCAUUCGCAGGAAAACCGCUUAAUUUUCAGAUGACUGGAGAGUCCCGAAACGGUCUGUCCUUCACCGAGAGCGAUGUUAAACCUGAUGAGCGCCAAAGCGAUCUGAGUCUCGCGAGGCUAGAGAGGCUAUUCAUUACUGCGAAACGGAUUUCGCCUGGGAUCUGUCCUCGCGUCCUGUGUGGCACCGCCGAAGUGGUAUUUCAGGCCCUGGACACUUUUCACAGGCUCAAAUUCGGCGAAUCGCUAGUCAAUGUCGAUCCUGUACGAGGUGCUCUUGAUGACGAUCCCACGACAUCGUUCGCAAAAAUGCUUGUCCCAGCGCUUGAAGAGAAAUUAGAAGCUCCAGAAAAAGAUCCCCAUGCGGGUUCUUCCGUGAGGAAGAUUCAGCCGAUGCCGAUCACGAAGAAAAACAGAUGA